AUGGCAGGAAAUUCCCAGCUUUCAGGUCUUUCAAUGUCAACUAACUCUUAUACAGCAAGCAGGCCUCAACUUGCCCGGACAGAAUCACGACAGUCCGUCGCUGCAUCAGACGACUACUAUUCAUUCUCAGACAGAGCUUCCUCAAGUCCCGACAGUCAAGUAACUGUUAUGAGAUUCAGGACACCUGACUCUCGUCCCUCUUCCAACGCUUCUUCGCCCAACAUGUCGCAGGACCACCCUACUGCAGAGGAGUUUGGGUCUCCUCGCCCACCGACAACUAGCACUGUCCGGUUUGGAGAUGACCGAGUCACUCACAUGCGACCUCACUCAGAGGCAGCAGCAUCAGACGAGACUGCUCGUCGAGUUCCCAGUGACUACGCUGGCCCUGCACCCACUCCAGGCCUGGACGACUCUCCGUACGUCCGGUUUGCAAUCGAUCAACUCACCCAGGACAGAUCUGGGGGUGUUUCAAGACACGACUCCCUCUCAACUACGACAACGGGUGACUAUCCGACUGACCGAAUGAUUUGGGAUGAAGGACUGGGCUAUUUCACUCGCACACGUACUCCUCUUCGACACGACACGCCUCCUGUGAGACCGUCGUACACUUCUCCCUCACCACAGGCUUUACCGCAACCACCAAUGUCUGUGGAACCUGAAUCUUUCAUGGCCGUUGACGUACCCGAGCAGAGCUUGUUAUACCCUGCUUUGGACUAUUUGCCCCUUGUGCUGCGGCCAUGGGCCUUGGCACUGGCAAUAUUCGCUACUCUGCUCAUGAUUGCAGGAGUUGUUUUCUGCAAUGUUUGGUCAAAUGGCCAUGAAGGAAUUUGGAACUACAACGGCCAAGGUGGCGCACGGUACUUCGUUCUGCAAUUUUUGCCGCAGAUUUUGGCCUCUCUCCUCAUCAUGUGGCUGUUCGUUGUUCAAGCCGCCUUAUAUCGCAUUGCACCUUUCUCCAUGAUGUCAGCCGAGCGACAAAAGGGUCUUGUCAUGCAAGGCUUACCAAUGCUCUCCAAAAGCUUUGUCUUUCCCGAUCUUUCGCAUUUCCGGAACGGAGAGCCGCUGUUUGGAUUUGCUCUCUUCACGAUCUGGCUUUCCAACUUCUUCGCCAUUCCUCUCCUCAGCUGUCUGUUUCAAGCAAAGUACUAUGUCAUUGACGGAGAGGGUGUCUGGAGAUGGGCAUCCGUUCAGUCCAUUGGCUGGACAGUUGUUGCUUUGUACGGUCUUCUGGUAAUCGGUCUGCUAUUGUUGUUUUUGCGAUUCCUUCGCAGCACAUCUGGCUUGAUGUGGGAUCCUGUGAGCAUCGCAGAUUUGAUCUCAAUCAUUCAGCGAUCAAACAUCCUACAUGAUUUCGAGCACUCCGAGACCGUGCCUCUAGUCCGGGAAUCCCUUGAUCCUCGCGUUCUCCGAUUGGGCUACUGGAAGUUGUCCAGCAAGCCCGAGGUGUUCUACGGAGUUGGUGAAGUCGAUGCCCCAAUUCGUACACCCUCUCUCCAUCAAACCGAGAAGAACCGACAGAAGCAGCCAAAUGGACUCGCCCGAGUCAACUUUGAUCUUGAGAACCAGGCGGCAUUUUCCAAGGAUGCUGAUAACCAUCUGUAUUCACAGACUAUCCGCUACCGCUGGACCCCUUGGUUCCUCCGCAAGAUUCCCGUUUGUCUCUUUGUGGUCAUUGUUUUCGCUCUCUUCAUUGCAUUUGUCGCUGUUAGCUUCAUUCACAACGGUAUUGAAGGAGGCUUCCCCCCGAAGUUACCAACUCUUCCAUCGACCAGUGCAUUCUCCUCCUCCAACUUCCUAUACAGCUUCAUUCCAGCACUUAUCGGAAAUGUUCUUUUCCUGGUCUGGCAACCCAUCGAUGUUUACUUCCGUGCAUUGCAGCCAUUUGUCGAGCUCUCUUCUCCUAGUGGCGCAUCGGCGGACAACAGCAUUCUCCUCUCCUACCCAUCCAUGUUCCCAUUCCAAGUCACCAUCCGAGCGAUCCUCAACCGACACUUCAAGGUCGCAUUUAUCUCCCUUAUGAGCAUGGUAUCCCUGGCCAUCCCCAUCCUCGCCGGUGGUGUUUUUAUCGCCCUUUGGUUCCCCACCCAUGAUGAUAUCCGUAUCUCCGCUUUGAUGCCUGCAUUCUAUGCCUUGAUCGCUUUCUGCGCCUUAUAUGCGGUUUCUUUCCUGGCCAUCUGGCCCGGUCGUCGCCGCUAUCUCCCUCAUGACAUUACGACCCUCGCCGAUCUGAUGAGUUUUAUCUACCAAUCUCCUCUCCUGUCCGAUAAGAUUCUUCGAGAGCCCAGGAGUAAGACUGACCUGGUCACACGUCUUAUUGUUGCCCCUCCUUCCGAACGCCAAUUCCCUCAAUAUGGCUUUGGAGUAUACAUUGGUCGUGAUGGCAAGGAGCACCUCGGUAUCGACCGAUUCUCUCGGCCCGGUCGGACCGAUAUGCUCAUCACCACUGGCACUAUGAAAUGA